AUGGCUCCCCCCAAGAAGGCUCCCGCCAAGGAGAACGUCUCCCUCGGCCCCCUCGCCGGUGACGGCAAGCUCGUUUUCGGCGUUGCCCGCAUCUUCGCCUCCUUCAACGACACCUUCGUCCACGUCACCGAUCUCAGUGGUCGUGAAACCAUCGUCCGUGUCACCGGUGGUAUGAAGGUCAAGGCUGACCGUGACGAGUCCUCCCCCUACGCUGCCAUGCUGGCUGCCCAGGAUGUUGCUGCCCGCUGCAAGGAGCUCGGCAUCACCGCCCUGCACAUCAAGAUCCGUGCCACUGGUGGUAACGGCACCAAGACCCCUGGUCCCGGUGCCCAGUCUGCCCUCCGUGCCCUUGCCCGUGCCGGUAUGCGCAUUGGCCGCAUUGAGGACGUGACCCCCACCCCCUCCGACUCUACUCGUCGCAAGGGUGGUCGCCGUGGUCGCCGUCUGUAG